GGACAGAAGGAUUCAGAGCAACUGCCAGUCAGAAUGUCAGCUGCCAAGGGGUUCCAGUGGAAGUAAGGGGACCGCAGUUUGUGCCUGAGAGCUGGCCGACCUGGCCACUCUCUCCAGUGGGCAGGAGGUUCACUGAGGCCCACCUGAUGGGCAGCCCCUGCUGCCAACUGGGGCACCUCAGCUCAGCCUAGAACAGAGGUUUCAGGAAGUAAUACUCUCCUCAAGCCUCCUCUCCCAGUUCUCAUACUUAGAGGCCCAGCCUAGGACUUAGCCUUAGCCACUGAGACUUGGUGGCUGUUUGUCCAGCAGUCAGCAUGGAUCACCGAAGCCGACCUCGGGGCAUAGGCCUGAACCGAAUCCCCGGGACUCGAACCUGUCGAACCCCACUCCCCUUCCAUGUGGAACAACAGGAAGCCCGGGAAGGAGAAGAAUUCGAACAACGGGAAGUACCUCGUCAGAGAACUCCUGUCUACGUGCCCCCGGAAAGUGAAGAGCUGACAGACAAUGUUAUGGUUUCCAAGCCAGCGCCUUAUUGGGAAGGAACAGCUGUGAUAAAUGGAGAAUUCAAGGAGCUCAAGUUGACUGAUUAUCGUGGGAAAUACCUGGUUUUUUUCUUCUACCCCCUUGAUUUCACCUUUGUGUGUCCAACUGAAAUCAUCGCCUUUGGUGAUAGAAUUGAAGAAUUCAAAUCGAUAAACACUGAAGUGGUAGCAUGCUCUGUUGAUUCACAGUUUACCCAUUUGGCCUGGAUUAAUACCCCUCGACGACAAGGAGGACUUGGGCCAAUAAAGAUUCCACUUCUUUCGGAUCUGACCCAUCAAAUCUCAAAGGACUAUGGCGUAUAUCUGGAGGACUCAGGCCAUACUCUUAGAGGUCUUUUCAUUAUUGAUGACAAAGGAAUCCUAAGACAGAUUACUCUGAAUGACCUCCCAGUUGGUAGAUCAGUGGAUGAAACACUGCGUUUGGUUCAAGCAUUCCAGUAUACUGACCGACAUGGAGAAGCAAACUGUGGCAUCAAUACAAGAUACUACAGAAAACAGAAGUCUGCCCUGCUGGUUGGAAACCUGGUAGCGAAACUAUCAAACCUGGAGAUGUCAUGAAAGCCUGGUGGCGAAAAGAAGAGCUAUAAUCCCAGAUCCAGCUGGAAAACUGAAGUAUUUUGACAAACUCAACUGAAAAAUACUUCAUCAGCUGAAAAGUACUUCGUCAGGUUGCAAUGCUUGAAGGUUCUUAGUAAAGUUCACCGUUUUAGAACUUAGUAAAGUUCACCGUUUCAGAACCAUAUUGUGUUAUAGUUGUAAUUUCUUGAAGAAUAUAAAACUCCCUAAGAUACCUAGUGUUCAAAUUAAAGACCAGUGCCAAAA